UGAGGCAGACAGAGAGUAUGAGGCCAGUAAAGCGUGUGUGAGAGAGCUGUUCCGGGCCAUCAAUCACCUGGACCAAUUGUUAGCCCUGCUGGUCGUAGUGUGCAAGAGUGGGGGGCAGGGUGGGGACAGGAGAUUCUGAAGGAAGGACCGAGAAAGAGAGAGAGAGGGAGAGAGAGAGAGGAAGGGAGGGAACGUGAGGAAGGGGAAGAAUGGCGGCAGAUCGGCCUACGUGCCCUCCCCCGGUGCUGUUGCUGUCGGCCGCCGUGGCUGUGUUGCUCUCCCAUUACAUACUUGAUGUGGCUUCCCAAGUGCCCGACCCAGAGCUUUUACCUACAGAUCCUCCUCCAAAACCAGAUCCCCUCACAUCAGAGACCGUUGUGUUCUGGGGUCUACGGCUAUGGCAGGUCGUGGGAAUCUUUUCCAUGUUCAUCCUUGCCAUCGUGAUUACACUCUGCUGCAUCUUCAAAUGUCGAAUUCCCCGCACGAAAAAAGAGAUUGAAGCGCGACAUGCUCAAAGAGUAGCAGCGAAGUCCUAUUGCAACACACUGGAGACAGUUCCUCCACUCAACGAGCUCACAGAGAUACCAGCCACUGCCUUCUCCGAUGCCACGGCUCUCGCCACCGUCUCUGAGCAGGUACAGGCUCGAAGUGCCAGUCAGCUACCUGUGGUCAGGGAGGAGGAAGAAAUGACUAAUCCCAUCGCCCAAGCGGAGAUGGGAUAGCACUUUCCCUGCUGUGACUGUCUCUCCCCUGCUCCUCCUCUGUCACAACACUGUCUGUGUAGUCUCUCCCGAAGGCGUGGGAGGCAUCUUCCUCUGCAAAUGACAUCUGCUCGUGAAUGCACCUCUGCUUGGAAGUAGCCUGUCCAGAAUGUAGUGGAAUCGUUCCACCGUCUCAUUUCACAUUUGUGUGCCACAAAUCCCCACAUGUAAGGUCUCAGCCAUAGCUGAGUGCACCUUUAGGAGGCCUUUUAGUCAGUAACGUAGCAUUGCAUUGCCAUUAGGUGGCAUUGUGCUGUGCGUCUUGUAAGAGAUGAAAGGUUUGUCGUUUUUUGUAGUUUUAGUUUUAGAUCAAGCCACACAUGGCAUGAUUGGCUUUUAGGAGGUCUAAAAUGCUUUUGAACAUACUCUCAGAAUACUAUGACAUAUAACAUGCCUUUUUAAUGCUUUUAUCUAUGAGGUAUGUUUGUAUCUGGGCUCUAUUUAAGAGUUUUAUUUGUAGAUGUAUACAUUCUACAUUCUAUACACUAACAGUGCCUAUAAAAAGUAUUCACCCCCCCCCCUGGAUAU